GAACGAAUCUGGUGGGGUUCUGCCGCGAGACAGAUCUUAUCAUUCAUUUUCAAUUCACGAUACAUACAUAAACACAUGAUUCCAUUGAUGUAUCAAUAUGCUUUAUUUCAAGCCAGUUCAAGGACUUGCAUCUAAAUUCUCUUCGACUUCGAUUUCAGGACUGAGUUGUUGUGAAAAUGGGUGAGAAAAAUUGGGAUGGCUUGAAACUAUGGACCAAAUCUACCUGCGAGCGACUCAGCACCUCGGAAACCGCUCGAGUUGUUAACGAAAAGCCUAAGAUGUUGUUUUAUUCUGCGGGCUUAGUCUGCCUUGGAGUAUGGCUGUUAAUCCGAGCUGCAACAAUUUUCAAGAAACCAAAAUAUCCCAGACCGAGAACACCUGAUUUAGAGAAGCCGACUUUUAGGAACGGCAAAGCACAGAGACCUUUGGGAGUGUGGGAGCCUAUGCAGUUCGAACGCCCAACGGCAGUUCCUUUUCCUAAUUGGGAUGUGAAGCAAACGAAGCCAAAUCCAUACCGUCCAUUUCGCCAUGGAGUAUAUCACAUUACUAUGGGUUUACGCAACAUGGAUUGGAAUGAAUGGAUAGAAUUGGAUAACCAUUACAUGAAAUUUCAUGACGACAAAGCUAAACGUAUCGUCGAACGUGGAGCUAGAUCUUGCUACACCGAUCCUUCGGCGUUUGAUGGUGCUGUUGAAUUGCUUGAAGAGCUUUGCGCGUAUCUCCCAGAACGUUACCCCACACUCUACAAACGCACUCCAGUCGGCAUGGACAAUCUUCUCACUAACGAAUCAUUCAACAUCGUUGAAAGACCACUUGCAGAGGAUCCAAUGCAGAUGGCAGCCCGCUUCACGCAAGACGAUUUAGCAAUCAUGUUUGAGAAGGAAGAUGGCCAAUACUAUCUUCUUGCCGGCGCGAUCUUACUAGCGGGAUUUUGGCGUUUGGAGGAUAAAUUAGGCAUGCCAUUGAGCGAGAUACACACAUCUGGCGACGUACCAGGGUACCAAGCGAAAUUGGAGAAAGGAAUGAUGAACUUCUUCCGCAGAGUGCAGCCUAAUGGACCCGUGCAGCGCAACAACUAUUUCAUUCAAGUAGACGAUGAACUAUCAUGGUCAUCAAGCAUUGGCUCGGAAAAUGGAGCGCCCGGUAGUUUCAGUUGGGACACUGCAGAGAAAAAUAAAGCCGUUGAGCAUCAUUGGUUUCGUUCCGAACGGCAGUCAUUGAGGAGACUACCUAGAUCCGGCGGUGUGGUGUUUACUAUCAGAACAUACUUCCAUCCAAUUACGGAGAUAUGCAAGGAGCCGUAUGUACCGGGAAGAUUAGCAAGUGCUGUGAGGAGCUGGGGUGAAGAUGUGAGUAAAUACAAGGGAAAGGAAAAGUAUGGUGAGGUCCUAUUGGAGUAUUUGGAUAAGAAACAUAAAGAGCAAGUCGAAGCGGGCCUUGAUUUGGAGAAAGAGGAAGAAGUCAGAGCAUAUCCUUAUUAGCGCACGUUUUUGGAAACUUAGAAUGCUUGAAAUUAUGAGCGAUUUGGGAGGCUGGGCGUUGAGCUCUUUGUUUCCUCAUUCUGCCGGGUCAGGAUUAGCCUAGUAGCGAUUGACAUGAUAUUAUCAAUUUACCAGUUUUCAAGAGAACAUUCGUCUCCACUCGCGAGAAUAUUGCUACUAGUCCAUCAACUCGCGUUCACCACAAAAGAGAAUCUGCUUUGUCA